UGGUUUCGGUCGUCGUCGUGCUGACGAUGUUCUUUAUUCUAUAUGAUUCUAUGACGAUGUAACGCUCGCUGUGAAUGGAUCACGUCCGCUGUUGCACAUCUGUGGCAUCUGUUCGGCAUCGACGUCGCGUUCACCUGCCGCACAAGCGCCUUCACACCGAGACGAAAGGCUAGCGUAGGCUAGCGUACGUGUUUUCACCGGGGCGGCCAGCGCGUUUCUGCGAGAGGGCCCAUGGCGAUGGCGUCCGACACGGCGGGCGACGACAAGGCGUCGGCCGCCGGCCUGCUCGAGCCGUCGCUCAUGAACAUCAUCGAGCAGAAGUCCCUCAAGUGGGUGUUCGUCGGCGGCAAGGGCGGCGUCGGCAAGACCACCUGUAGCUGCAGCCUGGCCGUGCAGCUGGCGGCCACGCGCGACAGCGUGCUCAUCAUCUCCACCGACCCGGCCCACAACAUCUCGGACGCGUUCGACCAGAAGUUCUCCAAGGUGCCCACGCCGGUGAACGGCUUCUCCAACCUGUACGCCAUGGAGAUCGACCCGAACCUGGGCUUUUCGGAGCUGCCCGACGAGUACUUCGAAGAAGGCGACCCGUUCCGCGCCAGCAAGAGCAUGAUGCAGGAGAUUCUGGGCGCCUUUCCGGGUAUCGACGAAGCGAUGAGUUACGCCGAGGUGAUGAAGCUGGUGCGGAGCAUGAACUUCUCGGUGGUCAUCUUCGACACGGCGCCCACGGGACACACACUGCGCCUUCUCUCGUUCCCGCAGGUCAUGGAAAAGGGCAUGGGCAAGCUGCUGCGGCUCAAGUCCCACCUGAGCCCGUUCAUCUCGCAAGUGGCCGGACUGCUGGGUCUGCAGGAGCUGACGGCCGACGCCAUGUCCUCCAAGGUGGAGGAGAUGCUGCCCGUCAUCCGCCAGGUCAACGCCCAGUUCCGCGACCCGGACCAGACGACCUUCGUGUGCAUCUGCAUCGCCGAGUUCCUCUCGCUCUACGAGACCGAGCGGCUGGUGCAGGAGCUCACCAAGUGCGGCAUCGACACGCACAACAUCGUCGUCAACCAGCUGCUGUUCCCCGAGCGCAACCCCUGCCGCAUGUGCGCCGCCCGCUGCCGCCUCCAGGCCAAGUACCUGGACCAGAUCGCCGACCUGUACGAGGACUUCCACGUGACGCGGCUGCCCCUGCUGGACCAGGAGGUGCGCGGCGCCGAGCAGGUGCGCGCCUUCUCCCGGCACCUCGUGCAGCCGUACGUGCCACCUUACACGCCGCCACGCCACUCCUAGCCUGACCUGCCAAUAAAAACCGGAGCUGCUUGCU